GUGUGUGUGUGUGUGUGUGUGCGUUUUGCUCGGGUAGACUCGUUUCUCCGCCGGGGGUCAGCUGAUGACUCAUCCGUACUCAACACUGCCGCGCAGUGGUUCUACCUGGUCACUACCAGGUCACACUGCAACAGUAAUAACGGCAGUGUAGUAUGAAUUCACACCGCCAGUCAAAAUGCUUCGGACGUAAGCUGCCCAGCGGACCCACUGGAAAGUUCCCGGUUCUUAUAUCAGAUGUGAUGGAAACAAGACGCCUAAAGAGACGGGUGAAGACAGACUUCACUGCUUAUCUUAGUGAAAUAUUCAUCGGGCGAUUCUCUUAACAAAUUAAUUAUUUUCUGUUAAUCGAUAAUUGGAAGUGAAAGCAGAGGGAGCGGGAAGGAUUCAGUCGGACAGCAGAUGAUGGAGGAAGGGAUGAGAAACAGUGGUGUAGGUGGCUGACACAGAUCGUGGUUAAAAUAGACAGGCCAAGAAUAGCAAUCCACGGGAGGAAACAAAUCACGGCAUCAAAAUGACAUGCCAUGAUUUUAGAACUAAAGGAAGGAAAAAAAAUAACACACUUCAAAUAGGCCACGUUUAAUCUGUCUCAGAACAUCUGAAGGUGAGGUCACCCACACCUGUAUUAUUGCACGAGUCUGGAAACAAAUAAGGCAUCCCUCAAAGAGAGACAGACAGACAUGCGUGCAUGCGCGCACAUACACACACGCACACAGACAGACAUGAUACACACAGAUGAGCACAACACUACUCUCCAUCAUUGUCCCUGUGCAGUGUGUGCAGACAGGCCCCGUAGGUCUUCAUGGUUUUGAGCUGUUUUUGCCACGUCCUCCGGUAAGUAAUAGGAAGUAUUAACAGACCGAACCGUCUUUGAGUUUGGCCUCUUUUUGUGAAUCGGAGCAGCGCUUCCCCUCCUCCCCGCACCCGCCCGCCGCUCUCUGCACAGCCGCAGUCCACAGCGAAGCUCCUGCGGAGCCGCUGCUUGCCUGCUCUGAAUCAGUGAAGACCCAUCCUCCGGUGCUGUAUUUUCAUCGGAUUUAGGCACCGCACCUGCCGCCAUCGUUAUCAAAAUCAUGGAAAUACAGCAAGGACGCACUUUAAUCUAGACGGUUGCAGAACCUCGUAAUUAAGACAGGGGCCACAAUGAGCGACCACUACGAAGCGUCAGUCAUUCCCAGCUGGCUGACCCCCGACCCGACCGCGUGGUCCGGCAGUGACAGGGGUUUCGCCGACAACGCCACCUACCCUCCCCUGGACUCCCUCCCCUCUCUCCCCCCACUGCUGGUCAACCCCUGGGACGUGGUGCUGUGCUCUUCGGGCACCCUCAUUGCGUGUGAGAACGCCCUGGUGGUGCUGGUGAUCUGGCAGAACCCGGCCCUGCGAGCCCCCAUGUUCCUGCUGAUCGGCAGCCUGGCCCUGGCGGAUCUGCUGGCCGGCCUGGGCCUGGUGCUCCACUUCACCUUCGCCUACCUGCUGAGAUCCGACGCGGCCCAGCUGCUGACCGUGGGUCUGGUGGUGGCCUCCUUCUCGGCCUCCGUCUUCAGCCUGCUGGCCAUCACCAUAGACCGCUACCUGUCGCUCUACUACGCCCUGACAUACAACUCGGAGCGCACGGCCGCCUUCACCUACACCAUGCUGGUGCUCCUCUGGGCCCUGUCCCUCUGCCUGGGGAUCUUGCCCGUCACCGGCGUCAACUGCCUGGCCGAGGAGUCCACCUGCAGUGUGGUGCGCCCGCUGACUAGGAACAACGUGGCGGUGCUGUCCGUGUCCUUCCUGCUGCUGUUCGGACUCAUGCUCCAGCUGUACGUGCAGAUCUGCAAGAUCGUCAUGCGCCACGCCCACCAGAUUGCCCUGCAGCACCACUUCCUGUCCGCCUCGCCGCACUAUGUCACCACCAGGAAGGGCGUGUCCACGCUCGCCAUCAUCCUGGGGACGUUCGCCGCCUGCUGGAUGCCCUUCACGGUCUACUCCCUGGUGGCGGACUACACCUACCCACCACUGUACACCUACGCCACCCUGGUGCCCGCCACCUACAACUCCGUCAUCAACCCGGUGAUCUACGCCUUCAGGAACCAGGAGAUCCAGAAGGCCCUGUGGCUGGUGUGUUGCGGCUGUGUACCAGCCAGCGUGGCCCACCGGGCACGGACCCCCAGCGACGUCUGACCCCCCCCCCCGGGCCCCAGGCCCCCUGCCGGGAAGGAAGGAGAGGCGCCCCGGGCAGAAGGAGGCGGACGGGCGGUCAGUCAGGUUGUCUGGGCUCAGGCUGGGUCUGCCCUGCGUCUGCGUGGCUGGACUGCAUCCAGAGGGGAGCGUAGGCAGCGGCAGAAGGGGGAGCAAACUGGCUGAUGGCGGGUGCUUAUAUUUGUCUGGUUUUACACACCCGAAGGGAUGAGUAGCCGCGCACAAUAUCUAUCCCAGAGCCGAGAGUUCGGUGUGGCUAGGUGCCCCGACUGCUCGGAGAGCCCUUGAUGUUAGCCUGGGAUGGAUGGAAAUGCUUGGUGACCUAGUGGUGUAGGAGGAUUAGUUGUUUGUGAGGGCAAGGAGUGAAACACUGAAGUAAUCCGUACUGUCCGACCCUUUCUACCUUUUAAUGUCUUCCGCGAUUAAAACAGAACAACAUCCCAGCAUUGGACCUCUCCCACCACAGGUGUGUACCAUCUUCCUAAACACACAGGCUUAACACAACGUCUGGUCCACGUGCCACGCCCUUUUCCGCAGAUGCCUGGAAAAGGACGGUCGCGAGGCGCGGCAGCAGAAGCAGCAGCUGUAGGAUGUGAUCGUUUAGCCGCUUUUAAUUACGUGAGCUUUUUUUGCUCCAUAAAGGGACUGCAGAGAUUAUUAUGAACUAUUUAACCUUGCGUCACCGUACACACGUUAGAUUAAGAGCUAAUGUGUUUGUGUGAGUAAAAAUAAUUUAGUGUAGGCUAUGUAUAUCAUGGACAGGGCGAGAGAGAGAGAAGUGGAACGGAAGUUAUGAGGGAGGCAGCGAUGAUCAGGAUGCAGGCUUUUCCUACAACGAAGCCCGGCUAAAACACUGAACGUGCGUCGAAAGCCAAAUACCCGCGGGAUGCUAAAAAUAGCCCGGGCGCACUGUGAUCCGCGCGCCCUGCUGCGUCCUCCACAGACACAUAUGAUAGAAACCAGGCCGAAGAGGUGGCGAGCGGGCGCCAGUCUUUUAUUUUCUCCGUCAUCUAUCUUUCUUUAUCUCUCACCAUCUCUCCCCAUUUUGGUUUUAAAUGUCCACACUCUCUGUUCUCUAUGCUGAGAGUGAGAGGAGACAAAAGGUCCCCUGAUACCCCUUGCGCGCUCCAUUAACCCUCAAAAUGCUUGCAGAUUAUGGUCAUACUUUGUUUCUCCGGUUCCUUAAAAAUACACCGGCCUAUUCAAACCUAAAAUAUUUGGUAAUUUAUGCACGUUGUGUAGGCUGAACUGCCUGCUCUUAAAUAGGCUAGAGUAAUGGGAAACGCCUCUGCUGGCAUAUCGACUGUCUGAAAGCUGUCUCUUGCCUGUUACUUUAUUUAUCAAAACGCUUGGUCCUCAACCUUGAACCUGCAUGUUGCAUAGGGAUUUAAAGGGGCGAUCUGCAGGUGCUACACCUUUAAAGUAAUAAUAUAUUAUAAUGUUUGGAUACUUUUAUUGACCACACACACCUAGUACAUUGUCUGUUAAAAACAAAAUAAAAACAGUUGAAAAAUAUUAGCAAGAAUAAAACUAAUGGUAUUAUCAUGCAGCAUAUAUCAAAGGCUAGGGUCUAUAUGUGUAGGGUAGAAUGUUUGCCAAUUCACUGAGCCAUAGUUUAGUCUUUUUCCAAAAUAUAAAAAUAUGCUUUGUAGAUGAUGUGAGACAAAAACAUUUGUUGUUGUCAUCUGUUCUGGCCUGAAACUCCCAGGAUAAUCAACAGCCACCUGGGUCAAACAUAAUCUCAAGAGAUGAGGAUUUCAAGAAUUCCAAAAGAAAGGCAGUGCAGGUUAGUGCACAGGGCCGGGCAGUGGAGCAGUGACCUCUACCUGACUUGCUUCACGUAUAGCAGAUGUAUCUGGGAACAUCCUGUCAAUUGGUUUUGGAAUAGUUUUGUUUGUACAAAAUCUUGUCUUGCACAAGACAAUUGGUAGUCUCUCAUGUCAGAUGGCUUGUGGUGUUAUCUCCCCAAAGUUUGGCUCCAAGAGGCUAGAUAGUGGCUGGUUUUGAUUUAACAUGUAUGAAUGCAUUCAGCUUUAAAGGUUUCAGUCCGUAGCUCUGCCUCUCUUCUUGCUCUGAUGGCAUCUGUUGGGGCUGGAUUGACAGAUUAACAUGCAUCAUGCAAAUGAGCUAUACAUUUGUAUGAAGUGGAGUUCUUCCUUCAGGGAAGGGCUGACAUUUUGAAAAAAGGAAGAUGUUUUUAACACUAUCUAAUUUGGUUCGAUGGGCGAAAGAAGAGUUGCUUGCUAUUAAGUGACAGAAUUAUUUAGGUCCAAGUUCCAAAAGACCUGUAUUUUGCUUUCAUAAGGGGAGUGUGCUAUUUAUAACAGGAUUAUAAUCAUGAACUGAUUUCUCCAGACUGUAUGAUCCAAGCACCAAUAGAAAAGGAGUCAAAAUCCUCAUGUUUCAUCAUAGUUUUUGGUUCUUGUCAAAAAUAACCUACAGAUGGCUCAUGGGCUUAGUUCAACUCUAGUACCCUAUCAGAAUCCAAGCUACAAGUUUUUGUUGGUAAACUAUAUAAACAAACACUUUAUAGCCUCAAAACACGGUUAUAACUUUAAAUGUUGUAAUGGUUGGUCCUAGUAUCCAUAGCUCUGUCCUGAAAUUUGAGAGUUGUUACAUUUCUGUAUCAGGGCGCCCAACCCUGUUCCUGGAGAUUGACUGCCCUGUAAGUUUUCUCCAACUCUAAUUUAGCACACCUGAUUCUAAUAACUGGAUAAAAAGCUAAAUCAGGUUAGUCACAAAUGGGGUUGAAGAGAGAACCUACAGUAGAUCUCCAGGAACAGGUUUGGGCAGCCCUGGUGUAAACUUUGGUUUGUGUGAACGGCAGAUUACCCCUUUAACGUGUAGGCUAAACUGUCGCUAGAACUUCUCAGCCCACUCCAUCAUAAUAAAAAGUCACACCUCUGAUCGUCAUUCCAAAAACUCUGUCCCUUUGAUUAAUUCCCAAUAAUCCAUUACCCUAAAUGUAUGUUUAUUUAUAAUACGGUUUUCCUUUCUCAUGAGAAGGAUCGUUAGCGGUCCACUUAUAGUAGUCCUGUAACGUUUUCUCUAACUUGUAGCCGAUUGUUGCAAAAACGUUAGCAUGAGCAGCAAUCACUGAUAGACACUGAGCCUAUCAGAAUAACGUGUGAUCAUGGAAAUGUACAUGUAGAAUAUCAACAAGAAUGGUGGUUCAUUCAAACCAGCAAUUCAUUAUUUACAUUAUUUACCCCAUGGUCAAAUUGAUACACAGACUGCUCAUAGUUGACGUAUAACAUCCUACAACCACUUUCACGCGUAGUGGUCUUCCCUGCACCUCAUCUAUGACUGAACCUCUCCGAGACAGACCGCGACGAGUGUUUUUAGAAAAUUCGGAUCACAAUAAACACGAGCCGUUUCAAGUCUAGUUCUUCCAGCUUUUGAUGUCUUCUGACUCCUGGAACCGCUUCCUUACUGUGGCCGUUGAAAAGUCUUUGAGCACCACCACCUGACCACGUUCUGUAGGUCUCAGUCACUGCUUACUCGUCAGCCGCAGAUCCUCAUUACGCCUCGUCACAUCAGCGAGCAGCAAUAACUAAGUGUCAGUUGAUUCAUUGAUCAAUAGCAAUACCCUCUUAGCAAUAACAGCUAGUCCCUCGCAACAUGACCCUGCUCCUCAAUGACUAACCCCUCGUCUAUAAUGCCUAGCAGAGUACAUGUUCGACCCGGCCUGAACGAGGACUCAUCCAAGACUCGGGCUGCAUGUGAUUUUUCCAAAAACAGAUCUGAUGUGGAUGUUUUUUUUUUUUAUGUAAAUGAGACAGGAUACCGACUGCCGCCACCCAGUAUUCUUUCAUUGGUCAUUAAAAUGUCACUGCCUCUUUACAGUCAGAAUCUACUGUAUUCUAAGGCUUUGUUGGUCUUCAUAAUCUGACAAAUGAGACAAACUGGACUUGUGAGGACAUUUCAGUUGUGAACUUGAUAAGUGUUUUGAGUGUCCACGAAUUGGGAUGAUUUUUUUUUUUAUGUAUUGGACAUUUUUUUAAUGAGUUGCAUGGCCUUUGUGUGUCUGCACAAUGUGUGUGUGUGUGAUAACCAGUCCAGAUCUGCUGAAUAUCUACAGGUCUGGGGAUUUACUUCCUGUGUGACACUUUGACCUCAGGAGAAAUGACCUCGGCAGUCUUCCCAUCAUUCUGAGAGAAAUGGUCUCAUUACUUAAAUCCAGCGUUGUGGCACAGAGGACAGUUGCUGAUGUGUUGAAAUAAACAGCGGAAGUGUGCAGUGACCGACCGAGCAGGUGUGAGGGUAAUAAGCCUGUCACGUGACUGACAGAAAAGUAGCCUGUAUCACAGAUACGGAUAUCAGAGGGUCUCUGAUGGCUUCUGCGCAAGAAAACAAGACUAAUCUAUUUUAUAUUUAUUGAAAGUUUAUAUUAUCAUUAUUUUUUUGUUCAGUGUUGUCAGACCUGAAUUCUGAGACGUCUAAAAUGUUUUGUAUUUUUAACGCGCUGUAGAGCCUUUCCUGAAUGUAUCGGUAUCUACGGAAACUAUUGUUCAUUGGAUAUGGCGUCCGGUUGACCAAUUUUGUAAAUAGAGCAUGCAUACCGCUACCGGGGCGUUAAUGACUUCACCUAUGGUGCUACCUGCUCCAGGGUCCAAGGGGGACUCGGGUGUGCCGUUUUUGAAUGACAUCAAAUCCUACUGUUACCAUACAGACAGCUUACAUUUCGAUCCCCUUUUCCCAGUCCCUUUCCACCGGCUCGGAUCAGUUAUGUCUGAAUAGGUGAGAGCGGUAUAUUUUACUUUUUGGGAGGUUCAGGUUGCUAGAGGAUUGAUUACACCUCUCUGAACCUUGAGGAUGUGCAGGACCGUCGAGCUACAGGCUGGGGACAGACACGAAACCUGGCCCAUCUUGUUUUGUGAAUGUUCUCUCAUACGGUAAUGUCGGUCUUUUUAAGGUUAGCUUUUGUAGUUGGGUCAUAGGUGAAAACAAGGGCUUUAUAUUCAACAGUAGUCAAAGGAAGCACGGUUAUGUGAGGAUUUGUUACUGAUCGGUUAGAAUUACGUACUCGCCUGAUGUUAAACUGUUGUGAUGUUUCAAGCAUUCUGGGGAGGGGGAUUGUUAUUCAUGCUACCCUAGUCCAUCGCUAGCUGUAAGCAUUUUAACAUCUCUGGGUUUUAUAAAGUGGGUGGCCAACAGAGGUUACAGUGAUGGCAUCUUGAGAACACCUAUGUUUUUAAUGUAAAAUGCACUUUAUUUUGGAGGGAGGAAAAUGGCACGAGAAAUUAAAGGGCAAUUCCACCACU